GAAAUAAAUGGCAACACCUAAAAUCUGAUGUCAUUCUUGUCUGUUGAAAGCUGCUCGAAUGUGGAUUUUCACAGAACAAAUCAAUAAAUAAGACCGUAAUUUAGUUGUAAUUAGUGAAAAUGGAGUUAAAUGAUGUUAUAGUCAACCAGCCUGUCGUUAUAGAUAACGGCUCCGGUGUCAUCAAAGCAGGCUUCGCUGGCGACCAGAUACCAAAAUGCAGAUUCCCGAAUUACAUCGGCCGACCAAAGCACAUCCGCGUGAUGGCGGGCGCGCUAGAAGGCGAAUUAUUCGUCGGGCCCCGCGCAGAGGAGCACCGAGGGCUGCUCAGCAUCAAGUACCCCAUGGAGCAUGGAAUUGUCACCGAUUGGAAUGAUAUGGAGCGAGUGUGGAACUAUAUUUACAGCAAGGACCAACUGUCGACGUUCUCGGAGGAGCACCCGGUGCUCCUGACGGAGGCGCCCCUGAACCCGCGCCGGAACCGCGAGAAGGCCGCUGAAGUCUUCUUUGAGACCUUCAACGUGCCCGCGCUGUUUCUGAGCAUGCAAGCCGUUCUCAGCUUAUACGCCACAGGGCGCACCACAGGCGUGGUCCUGGACUCCGGCGACGGCGUCACCCACGCCGUGCCCAUCUACGAGGGCUUCGCCAUGCCGCACUCCAUCAUGAGAGUAGACGUCGCAGGCCGAGACGCCACCAGAUACUUGAGACUCCUCCUCCGAAAAGAAGGCGUGAACCUCCGCACUUCCGCUGAGCUGGAGAUAGUGAAGGCCAUCAAGGAACGCGCCUGCUACCUCUCCCCCAAUCCUCUUAAAGAGGAAACACUGGACACAGAACGAGCGCAGUACACUCUACCCGACGGAACACAGUUAGAGAUCGGUCCGGCGCGGUUCCGGGCACCGGAGGUGUUGUUCCGACCGGACCUCAUCGGAGAAGAGUGCGAAGGGCUCCACGAGGUCCUAAUGUUCGCCAUUCAGAAGUCGGACAUGGACCUCCGUAAGGUCCUCUACCAGAACAUAGUGCUCUCCGGGGGCUCCACUCUCUUCCGGGGCUUCGGAGACCGCCUACUGGCGGAGAUACGGAGGCUGGCUCCUAAGGAUAUGAAGAUCAGGAUCUCAGCGCCACAGGAGCGCCUGUACUCCACAUGGAUAGGGGGUUCGAUUCUGGCCUCACUCGACACGUUCCGCAAGAUGUGGGUCUCCAAACGCGAAUACGACGAGGAGGGACACCGCGCCGUGCACAGGAAAACGUUCUAAUCAUUCUACUCGACGACAGAUGGCGCUAGUAGUAUUGAACAUCUUUCUGAUUACGCUUUUCGACGAUAGAUGGCGCUAGUAGUAUAUAAUGUCAUCUAUAAAUUGUAACACUGGAGUCCGUCUGAGCCAACUGCACCUACUUUUACAAAACAAAGCGUGGAAAUGUAAUAUUAAGGCUACUUACACGUGAAACUGUUGGUAAAACUACUGUCACGAAAUCAAUUUUAUGUAAAUUCCGCUUUAAUAUGUGACAUUCUCGAUCAAAAGGCACCACUUUGUCGCUUACCAUAAAGACGAAAUUUGCUUGUAUCUUUAUACAAAUAACCUGUCAGAGCGUCUUAUUACAAGCGACAAUGCGGACAAUGUGGUUCCUUUUGAUCUAGAACGUCACAUUACAACUAUCUUAUCUUGAACGGCAUAUUGGGAGUAGACAUGAGUAGUUCGCGAAUGAAAGAUUCAAAUGAAGUACUUCACUUGAUGUCACUCUUUCAUUCACUAGUUCAGUUAGGAUUUAUUUAGUUCUUUACUUCAGCAGUUGAGUUUAAUUAUCUUUUCAUUUACUUGCUCAUUCGCUUAGAGAGUGACAAGGACGCCACGUUUAAACCUUGAUUCAUAAAUUCAUUUAUUUGAGUGAUUCAUAUUGACUGAAAUUAUCAAUCGAAUCCUUCAUUCAACUCAAUAUAUCCGCGAAUGAGAGAGAAAACCAGUACUGUUGAUAUAGAUGAAUCUUUUGAGCUACUGAACUAAACUGAACUAGUGAACUAAAAGAGUGAAGUACUUCACAGCGUAUGAAAGAUGCAUAUCAAUCUUUUCUUUUUAGUGACACAUUUUGCUCAUGACUAUUUGGGAGUGCAAAAAUAUGCACCCCGCUUACAAAAAUUUAUAUAAAUAUAUUUAAUAGGAUAAAGAGUAUUAAACAAAAGCCACCUUAUUAAACUGCGGGAUCACACCGUUAGUUAGUUUGCGGUGGGUACAGCGACAUCUAGCGGGGAAUUUGAGAAACUCACUUCCUUUUACCCCAAACCAGUGCGUAGUUUGGAUUUCAUAUAAAAUUCUUUGUGACAAAGUCGGUAAGAUGACUUCUCUUAUAGCACAACUACUAAUAAUGUUAUUGCUUGUUAAAUUCUUUAAUAUAUUAAACCCAUUCAUUGCCGAAGAUGCGAAUUCGCGUCACGAAACUUGGUAAUUGUAAUCGGCAAUUAAUGUGUGUGUGUGUGUGUGUGUGUGUGUGUGUGUGUGUGUGUGUGUGUGUGUGUGUGUGUGUACUACUAGCGCCAUCUAGUAACAGGUGGCGAAACAACGGUAACUUAGUACUGUUGUCUAUAUAUAGUAUAGCAACUACCAUAGAGUAACUUAUACUAGAGCGGUACUGUCAUAGUAAAUCUUGUAACCCCAGUAAAUUCACUGCCAUCUGUCGACACACUUUAAAACUAAAAAUAAAUAUUUAUAAAAAUACGAUAAAAUGUAUUUAAAUAUGGAUAAAUGAUUUUUUUGAUUUGCAUUAACUAUUUUAAUGAUUUUGACCCAUGUUCUUUCAACGAUAUGCGUUAAAAUUGUUAAAUAACAAACGAAACCGUCAACGCCAUCUGUACGACAGUAAGCCAAAGCUAGUAGCGCCCUCUGAACGAGAAUCAAAUUUUCUUGAUUUUCGAGGCACGUUUUUUCCUUAGACUGUAUACAUCUAUUACGGAGUUAUAUCUAUCUUUGCAACUACUAAUAAUGUUAUUGCUUGUUAAAUUCUUUAAUAUAUUACCCAUUCAUUGCCGAAGACGCGAAUUCGCGUCACGGAACUUGGUAAUUGUAAUGAGGGCUAUCGUUUUUUUGCUCACCAGUUGGCGCCUCUGUUAAUGGUGGUCCAAAAGACUAAAGAACAGCUGUCAGUCAUUGAAGUGACAAGUGACAUUUGACAUUUCGAACUAUGGAAAAGACCACCAUCUACACUAGCGCCCCUAGCGGCGAAUUCAUACGCGUUAGCCCUCAUUGGCAAUAAAUGUGUAAAUACUACUAGCGCCAUCUAGUAACAGGUGGCGAAACAACGGCAACUUAGUACUGUUGUCUAUAUGUAGCAACUACUAAUAAUGUUAUUGCUUGUUAAAUUCUUUAAUAUAUUAAACCCAUUCAUUGCCGAAGAUGCGAAUUCGCGUCACGAAACUUGGUAAUUGCAAAGUUAUAUCAAAGAUAGAUAUAACUCCGUAAUAGAUGGAUACAGUCUAAGAAAAAAACGUGCCUCGAAAAUCAAGAAAAUUUGAUUCUCGUUCAGAGGGCGCUACUAGCUUUGACCUACUGUCGUAUAGAUGGCGUUGACGGUUUCUAUUGUUAUUUAACAAUUUUAACGCAUAUCAGUGAAAGAACAUAGGUCAAAAUCAUAAAAAUAAUUAAUGCAAAUAAAAAAAAUCAUUUAUCCAUAUUUAAAUACAUUUUAUCGUAUUUUUAUAAAUCUUCAUUUUUAGUUUUAAAGUGUGUCUAUAGAUGGCAGUGAAUUUACUGGGGUUACAAAAUUUACUAUGACAGUACCGCUCUAGUAUAAGUUACUCUAUGGUUAUAUCUAUGUUUGGUAAUUGUAAUCGGCAAUUUAUGUGUACUACUAGCGCCAUCUAGUAACAGGUGGCGAAACAACGGCAACUUAGUACUGUUGCCUAUAUAUUAGCUAUUUUAAUGAAAGACAUUCAGUGCAAUCGUGUUAAAACAUGAGAGAAAGCGUUUAUCUCUGUUGCAUAAUUGUAUGAGUGAAUGUUUAACUUAUAUGUGUAUGUCAAAAUGCUUAUGUACAAGCUGAUAUUAAAGUAUAUUCACGUCACAUCCAUACUUAAUAUUAUAAAUGCGAAAGUGUGUCUGUAUGUCUGUCUGUUACCUCUUCACGCUUAAACCGCUGAACCGAUUUAGUUGAAAUUUGGUAUAGAGAUAGUUUAAGCCCCGGGGAAGGACAUAGGGAAUUUUUUAUCCUAGAAAUCAUCCUUUAAUGGGGUGAAAAGGGGGGUGGAAGUUUGUAUGGGAAAUUGAUAAAAAGCAGAUUGGAUAAAAAAUAAGCUACACAAAUUACUUACUCCACGCAGAUGAAGUCGCGGGCAAAAGCUAGUAUAUUAAUAUGCUUAUUAUAUUCAUCACUUUCAGUACGAAAUUAUGAGUUCAAUACAUACAUAUUAUUAUAAUGUGGCUAUGAAACUUAAAAAAUGCCCCAAAGAGAGUGCUGACAGUAAAUAAAUAUCUUUAUUUCGGAAAACUAAAAAUUCCAUAAAACAUAAAUCUGUCGCUCGAGGGGUUAAGAGGAAAGGGGGCGGCCGCUUCUCCAUACAAACGUAGUCACCAUUUUCCUCUCUGAAUAUUGCCAUAAUGGAAAAUGUUUUUACAUAAAUUGAUGUAUUAUAUUAAUCAUAGCCCUAUGUUUGACUUUUUUCGAUUUUUUGAUUAGGAGCGAAAAACAGAUUUCAUACAAAUUUAUAAAAUGCUCCUAGCUCUUAUAAUAAUUAAAACUUCGAAAUAAAUCAAAGGUAGCUGUGGCUGAUAUACAACAAAUUGUAAUUUUAAUAAUGUUAAUACCCAGAGAGGAAAUACUUUGGCAAUAUAACUUAUUUAAAAAGCAUUGAACUCCAAUUUUGUAUGAGAUCGAUCCUUUGCGACUAUAUUUUUCAAAUUUGUCGCCAUUUCCUACUGCUACUGACAAAGCUUGCCAGAGCAUAUGUAUAGUCAAGUUGACGUUCCAUAUUUGAAUUUCUGUAAAUUCCAUAUUCUAAAGCUAUAGUCGGUCAAACAACUUUGUUAGUAGGAAAAGGUGCGAAAUUCAAAUUUUCUCUGGGACGAUUAUCCUUCGCGCCCAUAUUUUUUAAAUUUGCCGCCUUUUCUACUGACGAAAAUGGCUUGCCAGACUAUACCUAGACCAACUAGACGAAUGGCACUACUAAAACUUUAACCUUUUCAACGCCGUGUCAAACACAAAAGCUGUCACUCGGACGCCACGUCACCGGAGUGUCAAAACUGAAAUUGAACUUUAUGCACAUGCACGUAGGUCUAUGUUGCUCUGUGGUCUGUGACCGAUUAAUCCGUCUUUGGCGUUGGACCUGCGGUGCCGAUAUAUCCGUCAUUGGCGUCCAAAAGGUUAAUUUGGCGAUAUUUUUGUACUAACAUUAAAAUUGGCAUUAAGGAUCAUGAUAUGUCACCCUGUAUAUUAGUUAAAAGAGUUAAGAUAAUUUAUAUCUCUAAAUAAUAUUUUAAAUAUUAAAAAAGCUGCUAAAAUUAUGUGCUCACUUUCUUUGCAAAUAUGUGAAUUAUAGUAUCUUUAGUUAGUUAUAAGCAUGGAUUUAGUAUUUAAUGUUAUAAGCAUUUUUUGUAUUUGAAUUAAAUUAUUUUUUCUCGAAC